AUGGUGCCCAAAACCGAGCGUCCGCCCGUUCCAAACCCAUAUGCGAUCGACUAUGCCCCCACAGACCGCGCAACCUGCAAGGGAUGUGAUGGGCGCAUCGGGCUGGAUUCUCUGCGCUUCAUACGAAAGGUUUGGAGCCGUUUCCAUGACGGCUUCGACGAGUUGAAGUACCACUUGCGUUGUGGCAAGAAGUAUACGGAUAACCUGGCGGAAAUCAGACGCCGUGAAGAGACGCAGCGAUGCGAUAUGGAGCCUCAAAGCACUUCUUAUGGUAGGCCUGCAGUGCAGGCCGUGAAGAGACGCAGCGAUGCGAUAUGGAGCCUCAAAGCACUUCUUAUGGAAAUCCCGAAGAAGCAGUUGCUGCCAAUUCUGGAUGCAAAUGGAAUCCCCUACAACGAUAAGAAAAUAUCGGUUGGCGAGGCAGCGCAUAUCGUGGCUGAUGGAUUUAUGUUUGGGAAAUUCCCCCCCUGUCAGAUCUGCGGGAACUCUGCACUUGUUCAAGUAAGUGAAUGA